GCCAUUGUAUAUUUACAUAAUGAAGGGACUGGAAAGGGCUGGGACACCAAAGAAGGCGUGAAGUUUCCUUGUUUGGAGUAUCGGGAUGAUUAUUUGCAGGCUCCCAAGGAGGUGGCAAGGAACAGAACAGAGCUGGGAUGGAGGCAAGCAGAGGAGAGUAGUGAAAGGAAGAGAAGAAAGAGGAGGAGAGAAGUGGAACGGAAGAGGAGGGUUGGUCAAGACCAAUGGAAGAACAGAGGAACAGUAGGGUGCUGCAGAGCAUCAUGAAGAUAAGACAGUAGCAGGGAGUCUUAACUAAAUCUUGCAGAAGUGGAAGAAGGAAGUGAUACCUCUGGUCACAACCGAGACAUCCAUUUGCUUAUGAUCUUGCCAAUGUGUAGUUUUUGAAUCCUGCAUGAGUAUGAAGUUGUUCUCCUGAUUUUUGUUCUACCAAUCAUUCAAGAGGAAGAAGAUUAUUCAACUACAAGAGUGCCAAACUUGGCAGAUUUCUCUGAGAUGGGAUUCAAGUUAUGAGAAGAUACCUGGCCAGUCGGAGCUGAAAGGAGACAAACGCACAUCAGUCCAAGACAGGAUUUCUCAGUAGCUGUUUCCUCUUCACACUUUUUCUACCCAUCUCUGCAAAGAUGGAUGACUUGCUGGCAGUGAAAAUCGGCUGCCUGGCUGGCGUUUUGGUGAUCACACUUUUUUGUGGCCUCAUCCCAUCCCAGGUCAAAUGGUUCCAAUUCAACAUGGCCAGAGGGAAGCAUCGGCGCAUCCUUAGUUGCAUAGGCUGCUUUGCUGCCGGAGUGUUCCUGGGUGCUUGCCUAAUGCACAUGGUAGCCGAUGCUUUGGGAGACAUUCAAGAAGAAAUUAAAAAGCGGCAGCGGCAGGGAGGUUCCACAAACAAACUGAACAGCACUUCUGAUGAUGAUGGUGAUUCUGAUGGAUAUCCUUUUGGCGAGCUGAUAAUCUCACUCGGCUUCUUCCUUGUGUUUAUUAUCGAAAGUGUGGUUCUUCAUUGCUGUCCCCGGGCUGUUCAUGCUCAUGGCGACCAUGAAAGUCAAGACAAUCACAAGGACCUUCCAGAAGCCCACAGCUCAUUACGGGCGUUUGUGCUCUUCCUCUCCUUGUCCUUCCACUCGGUCUUUGAAGGCCUGGCUAUUGGGGUUCAGAAGCAGGUAACAGCGGCUGUUCAACUUUGUUUAGCAGUGCUCAUCCACAAGGCCAUUGUGGUCUUCAGCUUGUCACUGAAGUUGGUGCAGAGCGGGACCAAGGUCCAGUGGAGACUACUUUACCUGGUGGUCUUUGCGCUGAUGUCUCCAGCUGGCAUCGGCGUGGGCAUCGGCGUCUCACUUUCCAAUAGCGAUGGGAGCAGCCUGGCACAAGCUGUGCUCGAAGGAUUGGCAGCGGGGACUUUCCUCUAUGUCACCUUCCUGGAGAUUCUUCCAUAUGAGCUGCGGUCGCACGAAAGUCCCCUCACCAAGUUCUUCUUCAUUAGCCUAGGCUUCUGCAUCAUGGCCGUCAUUGCCAUUUGGGCAUAAAAGAUUGUUGGCAUUGUGAUGCCUGAAAAAACAUUUGACAGCUGAAUCUCAAGGCUCUCUUGAGCUCACCUCUUUCAGGCACCAUUAUAUCUUCAUGUCUUUGUGGGGGAGCUGGGACAACAAUGGACACUUUGCAUGAGGACUAGUUGUCAUUUAGCUCUUCUUUGCUUCUUGUUCUACUUGAAUUUGCAAGUUUUGUCUUUUCCCUUUCCUUUCUUAAAUUGUGUUCCUUAAAUUGUUUUAAAACUGUAAACUUCCUGAGUGUGUCAACAGAAAGGUAUCAAAGAACCCUACCAUCAUUACAUGAUUUAAGGAAUUGAUCCCUUGAACCCACCUUAAACUUGGGGGAGCUUGUCCAUGCAAUGGAGAUCUGAGACAAAGUCAAGUGGGGUACAUCAAGAUAAUGGGGCUGCACCCUUCUUGCUAUUGUGCCACUGUAUCAUUAUAAGGAGCCCCCAGUAUCACAAUGGGUUAAACUCUUGUGCUGGCAGGACUGCUGACCAAAAAGUCAGCAGUUCAAAUCUGGGGAGUGGGAUGAGCUCCCAUCUGUUAGCUCCAGCUUUCCAUGUGGGGACAUGAGAGAAACCUCCCACAGGAUAAUAACACAUCUGAGCGUCCCCUAAGCAACGUCCUUGCAAACGGCCAAUUCUCCCACACUAGAAGUGACUUGCAGUUUCCCAAGUCACUCCCGACACACAAAAACCUUUACAUUAUGAAGCUCCCCACUUGCCUUACUACAGAUCUCUGUCACCUGAGGGGACUCCUUCAAGUUUAAAGUGGAUUCUGAGUGACAUUUACAAUUGUGGCAAUAGUGGCACAAUCACAAACAUGCAACAGAAAUUAAUAUAGAACAGUUACAGAUUUAUUACUAUAGAUUAUGAAUCCAUAACUACAAUGUAAGAUGCUAGGCACUGUGAAAUAAAGCAGGCAACAGGAAUUCGUGUCGUGAAAACGUUCGAGAGGAGAUGUAGAGUUCUUUGGCCAAACCAUGGCUUAAGAGGGAAAAGGACUUCCUUUCAACUCAUCAUCUUUCUUGAGCUACCGGAAGACUGUAAUGACUUUGAUAAUAACAACAACAAUAAUAAUAACA